AGCCUGGACGGACUGGGGCCUGCAGACACUGGCCUAGGCUCGUGGAAGGGGCGGAGCCGGGAUCUCACCCGGUCCUAGAGGAGACGGAAGCUCCAACUGAGUGCGGGGCCGAAGACACUUACCCUGUGCACUCGGGCAGAGACUGCGGUUCGGGGUCCCGGAGGUCCAGUGGGCAGCUCCCCAGAUGUGGAGAUUGGCACUUGGAGAAGGAAGGCAGCUGCCCAAGGGUCUCACAAGCAGGUGGUGGGCAAGCCAAGACUAGAGCCCACACUUACAGACAUACCUCCCGUCCCACAACUCUUGCCCAUCUGCAAAGGCACUCCGAGGGCAACGCACUGUAAGUCUGGGGACCUGGGGGGUCAGGCUACAGAGACUCCCUGCAGAGGGAGGUGGACCUGACCUUUGCCCCAGCACCCCCUCCCUUUGCCAGCACCAGCCAUGAACUACGUGGGGCAGCUGGCAGAGACGGUGUUUGGGACAGUGAAGGAGAUAUACCGGGGCCUGAACCCGGCCACACUGAGUGGUGGCAUCGAUGUGCUGGUGGUGAAGCAGGUGGACGGCUCCUUCCGAUGUUCGCCCUUCCACGUGCGUUUCGGCAAGCUGGGUGUCCUGCGGUCGCGAGAGAAGGUGGUAGACAUUGAGAUCAACGGGGAGCCCGUGGACUUGCACAUGAAGCUGGGAGACAGCGGGGAGGCCUUCUUUGUCCAGGAGCUGGAGAGCGAUGAUGAACAUGUGCCUCCCCGCCUAUGCACAUCACCCAUCCCUUGUGGGGGCCUGUCUGGGUUCCCCUCAGACUCCCAGCUGAGCACAGACAGUGAGCCUGAAGCCAUCACUGAGGGGGUGGCCUCCACGGGGCGGAAGAAGAGGCGUCGCAGAAGGAAACCCAGGCGGAAGGAGGACACGGUGGCAGCCAAUUCCAGUUCUGAGGAGCUGGAGACAGGCGCUGAGAGUGAACUGUCUCUACUGGAAAAGCCAAGGCUGGAGCCCCCAGGCAGUGUCGAUUCCGAAGGGGAGUCCUCACCGCAAGCCAAAGACUUCUACCCCUACUCUGAUGGCGAGUGGUGCCCCCAGGCCAGCCUCUUGCCGGGUGUGCUAAUGACAUCCCCAAAGAGCGACUCAGAGCUGGAGCUGCGGACCCCCGAGCCCAGCCCCCUGCGAGCUGAGUCCCACAUACAGUGGGCCUGGGGGAGGCUGCCCAAGGUGGCCAAAGCAGAAUGGCCCGAGUGCUCGAAGAUCGCUGAUGGUGGUGUCAGGGCAGCUCCACCUCUUCAGGGAGAGCCCGGCACCCCGUCUGCUCCUGUGGCUGGUGUGGACCCUUCGGGGCCCCUAAUCCUGCAGACAGGGGCUGGUGCUGACCUUCCUCCUAUUGACACGGAGCCUCCUGCUCUGGUGGGUCCCCCUCUCCCCACCUCUGAGAGAAAGAAAACCAAGACUCAGAGCCGAAGGGAUCCAGGCCUCCCUCCUCCCUCGAAAUCAUGGAGCUGGGCCGCCCUGGAGGGCCCACUUCCCACCAGGCAGCCCGAGGGGGUCUCUAGCAGGAAAGGCUCCGUGAAGAGAAGCCAGCACCUGGGCCCCAGUGACAUCUAUCUGGAUGACUUGCCCUCUCUGGAUUCUGAGAAUGCAGCCCUUUACUUCCCCCAGAGUGACUAUGGACUGGGGCCCAGAAGGUGGAGUGAACCCAACAGCCAGAAGCCUCUGGGGGACCCCAACCCUGAACAGGAGCCAGAACCCACUUUGGACAUGAUAGUGCUUUCCCUCUGUGGUGGACUAGCUGACAGCCGGGACAUCUCCCGGGAGAAAUUCAACCAGCACAUAGUCUCCUACGAGGACCUCGUCCAAAACCCUGGCCUCCUUGAGCACCCGAACCUGGUGGUGAAAAUCAAUGAGAAACAUUAUAACUGGGCUGUUGCUGCCCCCAUGAUCCUCUCCCUGCAAGCCUUCCAGAAGAACUUGCCCAAGAGCACUGUGGACAAACUGGAGAAGGAGAAGAUGCCCCGGAAAGGUGGACGGUGGUGGUUUUCCUGGCGACGCAGGGACUUCCUGGCCGAGGAGCGCAGUGCCCAGGCAGAGAAAAGCACAGCCCGGGAGCAGCAGGGGGCGAAGACUGAUGUGCCGAGUAGUGAGGAUGAUGCCCCAGAGAGCCCUGUGAUCCUCGAGGUCCCCUCCCUGCCACCCUCGCCUCCAGCCUACCCUCCUACCUACAGGAAGUCCCUCCGCCUCUCCUCCAGCCAGAUCCGGCGCCUGAACCUGCAAGAAGGUGCCAAUGAUGUGGUCUUCAGUGUGACCACCCAGUACCAGGGCACCUGCCGCUGCAGGGCCACCAUCUACCUGUGGAAAUGGGACGACAAGGUGGUCAUCUCGGACAUCGACGGGACCAUUACCAAGUCGGACGCUCUGGGUCACAUUCUGCCCCAGCUAGGGAAAGACUGGACACACCAGGGCAUCACCAGUCUCUACCACAAAAUCCACCUAAAUGGGUACAAGUUCCUGUACUGCUCGGCACGGGCUAUCGGCAUGGCAGGCCUCACCAAGGGCUACCUGCAGUGGGUGAGCGAGCGGGGCUGCAGCCUCCCUGAGGGCCCCCUCCUGCUGUCUCCCAGCAGCCUCUUCUCCGCCCUCCACAGGGAGGUGAUUGAGAAGAAACCAGAGGUGUUCAAAAUCGCCUGCCUGAGUGAUAUCCAGCAGCUGUUCCUGCCCCACGGACAGCCCUUCUAUGCUGCCUUUGGGAACAGGCCCAAUGAUGUCAUCGCCUACCGGCAGGUGGGCCUACCUACGUCUCGAAUCUUCACAGUCAACCCCCGGGGAGAGCUCAUCCAGGAGCUCAUGAAGAACCAUAAAUCCACGACCAGGGCCGGUGGAAACCUCUGGUCCUUGGUUUCAGAAACCAUAUCCAUGAAGCUGCCGGGUGUGAGGACAGUGCCAGUGGGCACCAUCUUCCUGCAGAAACUGAGCCCAGACAGCAAGGGAGAGAAGCCAAGGGGACAAGGGAACCAGAAGCCCCCACAGGCUGGGGGCUAUGGCCUGGGGACAAAGGGAGAUGUGGACAGGUCACUGUCUGUGACCAGACCUGCGGGUCUUUGUACAGGUGCUGACCCUGGUGUGUCUGAAGAGGGACAAUUUGCAGACUGGAUUGUGAGGUCAAUUAGGUCCACCCUGGCCUUCAGGCAUGAUGUCCUUGCCUUGACCACGAUGUUGAAUUGUCCAGUUGGUACAGCACUGAGUGUGGAUUUUGGUGGCUGGGACAGUCAUAUGGAGCUGGACCAAGGCUAUUCCUUCUGUGGCCUCUGAAGUGGCAUCCAUGCUGGCCAGGGGGGGCUGGGAGGCACUGCUGGGCAAGGCUGGGCUCUGGAGGGACAUUCCCAGGGUCAGCGGGGUCCAGGGGCGGGUCCUGUCUGGCCUGCCUAGUCAGCUUGCCGGGGCCGCGCCUGCUCGGCCAGCUGGGCCCGGCAGUACAGGAGGUCAUCCCGGAGGCGGGCGAUGUCCUGCGCAUGCUGAGCCAGUGUGCGAUUCAGCUGGUCCACGUAGCCCCACAGGCCCUCCCUGUGGGCAGCCAGUAGGCCCAGCCUCCCGCAGGCACCCUCCACCUGCGCCACCCUCUGGUCGAAGCGGCCCAGCACGUGCCGCAGGUCCUGGGCUGUGUGCUGGCAGCGGCUCAGCCCGCCCGCCACAUCGGCCACGCCGGCCUUGAGUCGCUCCAGCUCCCCCCGCAGGCUCAGGACCUGCCUGUGGCCGGCCUGAAGCCGAGAGCCCUGGCUGCUGACCUGUUCCUGGAUGGCGUGCACCUCAGCCUCCACCUUGCGCUCUCGCUCGUCCAGGGAGGAGUUGGCCUCCAGGAAGGCAUCGGAAUACCGGCUGACGGAGUCACUGAGGCCCGUGAGCGACUUGCUCACAGAGUUCAGAUUGACCUUGAGCAGGGUGAUCUCGCCUUGGAGUGAGCUGCCCGUUGCUUCUGCCAGCUGCUCCUGGACCUCAGCCACGGUGCCGUUGAGCUGACGGAGCAGGGCUGCGUGGCUGGCCACCUGGUGUAGGAGGGCCUCGCUCCGGCUCUGCCAGGCCUUCACCUCUGCCGUGAGGGUGUCCAGGAUGGCCGAGGUGGUGCUGGGAGUGCACGAGGACUCCAGUGAAACCAGCCGCUGUUCCAGCACCGCCAGCUCCGUCUGCACCCGGGGCCGGGCCGACCUGCCCGGUGGGUCGCUGUCAUGGCUCAGCUCCCCAGCCAGCGUCACCAGGCGCUCCUCUAGGCUCUGCACUCGCUCUUCCAGCAGGGUCCUGAAGCUGCCCACGUCCCAUCCCCCCUCCUCCCCCCCCAGGCAGCAGCCUCUCGCUCCGCCUUCCGUCCCAUUGAGGGUCUCCAGGCCCUCCAGCAGCCGGUCCGCACCCCCCUCGAGCAUGGCAGCAGAGAGCCGCUCCAGCUCAUCCCUGGUGAGGGGGCCAUGGCCCCUCUGGGCCUCAGUGACAGCCUGUAGGUUCCUCUCGAGGUUGUCCACACGGGCACUGAUCAAAGCCAGCCGGCCGCAGCAGCCGCCCCCUCCGGCCAUGCUUAGCCCCUGCAGCCUCGACCCGAGCUGUGACAGCUCCCGGCGCAGGGCCAGCUCCCGGCCAUCCAGGCUCUGGUGCAGCCUCUGGCUGGCUGCCUGUCCCUCCUCACACUGCUGCCGCACCUCCUGCACCCGCAGGUCGCAGGAACUCUGGACACCUUGCAGCUUCUGUUCGAAGCCAUCCAGUAGGCUCCCCCAGAGUCGGUGCAGCCGUCGGUCCACGUACUCAUCCAGAAGCGUCAGGGAGGUGAGUGGAGACGGAGGGGCCUCCCGCAGCCGCUGUAGGUGAGCCUCGUGACCCAGGGCCAGCCCAUGCACCUCGUCCAGCAGCUGCACCUUGGUCCGGAGCGUGUUGCUCACCUCUGUCACCUUGCUCAAGAUCUCAUCCAGGGGGGGUGUGAGUGGCCCUCCAGCUCUGUCUCUGGGCUUCACAAACCCCUCAGAGAUGAUCCUGAAGCCCACAGGGGUGGCAGGAGCCCUGGGACCACUGGUCAUCCUGUUGGGGUCUUCAUGGCUGGCCACCAGGCCACUGAGGGUACCAUAUGCUUGUGCCAGGCGCUGGACAUCACCCUCCAGGCGUUCUAGCCGCUCACCAAACAGCCCUGGACCUUUUCUUCCUGGAAGAGAGAACCCCAGGGGCAUCGCUGGCCUGCCUCCCUCAGCUUGUCCUGUAGCCAGGCCACCUGAGAGAUUUUCUGUUCUAAGCGCACCUUCCCACUGGGCAUAGCUCUCUCAGCUUUGGGAGGGGCUCUGGGAGCUCUCCCUCAAGCCCAGCAUGAGAUGCACCCUCCCCAGCCCUGCCAGAGCUCAGCCUACCUGGCUCAAUCCCCUCCCCGCCGCUCCAAAAAAACCUGAUCACCUGGUAGGGUCUCCUCCAGGCAGACUCACCAUAGGGGCUGGGGACCGCUCUGCUAGAAGAAGGGGGCUGGGACCCUGGGCCCAGCUGCCCCGAGGGAAUCUGGGGCUGAGGCUCUGGCUGGGCUGGGGAGGCCCCAUGGUCGGUGAGGUGCUCGGGGCAGCCUUCUCCAGUGAGGCCAGGGCAGCACCGCCAGGUGAGGUCCGUCACUGUCUUGUAGCCGACCUUGUAUCUGGGUCUGAGCACUGUGCGGUACCUGGGCCAGACAGGGGGAGAGGGCGCUGCCCUGUACCUGUGGGCUGAGGCUCCUGCCUCCUGGCAUAAGAUCUAAUUAUCUCCCCACCUCUAUACCACCAUCAAAGCCUCCCUUUUCUGUGUAUUCUGUGACAGGGCAGUUGGGGUGGAGGCGGGCCUUUCAGGGCUUCAGAGAAGGGUUAAGGAGCAGGUGCAGGUGAAGUCCCAUCCCAUCCUGUUUGCUUGGGGAGAACACUAGCAGGGACUUAGCCCCAGUGUCCCCAAGACCAUUUUGGAUCCCCUUGAGCUCAUGCUGCCAUGAGAAAUUCCACUCUGGCUUUGGCGAUACCUGGAAGAAUUCUGGCACAAUCUCAACCCCUCCCCCGUGGGGUGGGGUGGGAUGGGUACUGCCCUGGAGCCGGGGUGCACAGCCCUUCCCAGUGUGCAGGGGCUGCUCUCGGCUCCCAUCUGUCCCCUCAGUUCUGUCUGCUCCUCUGUAGCCUGUUCUGGGAACUCAGCUCUGGCCACCCAGGCUGGUGGAUGGCACCUUGGGUUCUGAGCACAGAAGGGAAGGCCCAGGGGUGCAGGGCAGGGCUCGCCAGGGCCCCUCCCUCGCCUGCUCAGCCACGUGCCUGUCUACCCACUGACACACUGGAGCAAGUGGGUUUGUUUUCAGACACGCACUUAAACCUCUCCAAGUAUAGACCUGUGUGCAUCACACCUGUGCACCGUCCUACAUAUCCUCACACAACCCCGCCUGUCCGGCCCAGGCCCUGGCAACCUGGCCUCCAUCCCCUCACCCUUGGCCUUCCUUUUCUACAGUCACCACAGCCCUUCCUGGGUCUUCCUGGGGCCCCUUUGGCAUCAAUCAUUGUCAGUGUGAGCCUCUGCCUUUUCUGUUCACCUCCAACCCUCUUUGCCUCUGUGGCUUCUUCCUUGCCUAGUUCUGUGUCUCUUUUAGGAAUCCUCCCUUGGUCCCUCUGUGGGCCCUAACCUGAACCUGCCUAUGUCUCCUCCCCGCCCCCCGUCCCCUAGCCAGCCCGUGUGGGAGCUGGGGUAGUGGGCUCUUUGCAGUCCAAGGAGGUACAGCCCCUUGUGGAGCUGGCUGCCGCUCCUGGGGGGAAGGAAGGCCUGGGGCUUGUGCCCAGCAGUCCUGAGUGGGUGGCACGGGGGUGCACUCACAUGACUGUCCUGGGGCACUUGGGCCCCCAUCCACACUGCCGGUACUCAGCCUUCACAUAGCUGUCUGCUCCCUCCUGUAGGAUACAGGUCACGUUCCUGUGCACCACGUAGGCGCAGAGGGCCCUGUAAGGGAACAGCAUCCUUGCAAUAUCUGGCCUGAGCCAGGCCCACUGAGGCUCCUAGACCCCCCUCCCUAUCUGUAGGUCUCCCCAGGGGACUAGAUUCCCAUCUCUCUUCUGUCUCUGUUCUUUGUUCCUGGAGGCCAGGGCCCUGGCCUGGGGUCUGGACCCACUGCUGGUCAGUCAGAUCCCAGACUUCCCAGUGGGUUGGUCACUGGGGUAAGCACUGUAGUGAACCAGGGGCUGCCUUUCCUGUGGUCUGGCCUCUGCCCUCCUUACCUGGAUUCCCCAACAAGAGCCUUGCUGUAUUCUCACCCUCCUCCAACUCCUUCACUGGCUCUCAACUCCUUAUCUUGGCAUUCCAUCCUUCUGAGAUCUCAACUUAGUGCCUCUGUGCCUUUGAGACCACACUUCUCCUCCUUCCUUCCCUGACUCCUGGGGAAAUACAUGCCACCUCGUAGUUUCUAGCCCCUGCCUUUGCUCCGGGUUUCUCAGUCUCUGAUCACUUCUGGUACUGCCUCCUCCAGGAAGCCAGCUCUGAUGUGCCAGGCCCACUGAGCUAUGGGCUGAGCACUCUCCUACACUACAAUUCAGCCAGCAUCCCAGGUAGAGCCCCUAACUCACCUGACUGGGGCCAGUUCCCAAGCCACUGGCUACUGAAGACCAGAAGCUGAGGCAGGGGUGAAGCAGGAGCCAGCCUCACAGGUUACAAGGGGUGGGGAGUGGCUGCCUGGCUAAGCCAACCACCCGUGCACUGCUAUUGGCCUCUGGAGCCCACAACACAGGCCCGGGACCCAGGCGCCCCCAUCAGUUCUGUGGUCCAAACACGCUGGGGGUUCCCAAGGGGUGCCCGGGGUCAGGCUAACCGCCGGAGGGGGGCGGGCUGCAGGGCGCUGGGCUCCAUCUCCCAUCUGGCGGGGCAGGGGAGAGAAGGGGGGCGCGGCGCGGGUGGGGGCGUGGGGGAUUCCCGCGUAUGCCUCGCGUCCACCGUCCUCCCUCCGCUCCCUCCACCUGGUCCGCUUGCGCCGGGAGUUUGCACACAGCGCAGCUGGAAAAUGUUACUUCGCUGGAAAGGUUUCCGCGGGCACUGCCAGGUCCCAGCCGCCGCGCCAGGCCCCCUCGGCUUAUUUUUCUUCGCCAGCCCCGCAGCCUCCCGGAGCGUGGGGGCGCCCGCCGGGGCAGGGGCUCGGCCUCGGGAGCCCGGAGCCCCCCUCUCCCGCGCGCGGUCCGGGCAGGUGGGAGCGCCGCCGGGGCCCCAUCCCUCCCGCUUCCCGCCCGGCCGCGGCCCGCGCUUACUUGUGCGGCCCCGGGCGCAGCCGCGGGCGCCAUCCCGUCGUGUAGAGGUUGUAGCGGGGGGCACCGGGCGGCGCGGGCCGCGCGAGGAGCGGGGUGCCCUUGGCCUGCGCUCCCGAGAGCAGCGCCGCGACGGCGCACAGCCACACCGGCAGGCGGCGGCCCAUCGCGGCCCGCGGCUCUCCACCUGGCCCCGCGCGGGGCCCCCGCCCGGCGUCCGCCCGCCGCCCCGCCGCUCGCCCGCCCGCCCGGGUCCCGCCGCCGACGCCGCCGCCCGCGGCCCCCGGAGCUCGCUGGCCCGGACGCCUGGCGCUGCGCAGCGGCUGCGUCCCGCCGAGUGGCCGGCGCUGCUCGCGGCUGGGGCCGCGGAGGGGAGGCGGGAGGCGGGCUCUGCGCGGAUUAGCAUAAACUUGGGGCCGCGUCGCUCGCCUCCGCCGGCCCCCUCUCCGCCGCCAGCCCCCCGCCCUGGCUCCGAGCUGACGCCCGAGGGGCCGCCUGCAAGCGAGAGGUUAAGAAGGGAGCAGCCCCGGGGUGGCAGGGGCGCGGGCAGUCGCGCCCUGGGGAGGCCCCCGAACGCACCCGUCCACCACCGUCGCCCGCGUGCAGGACAGGGAAGCAGAGCCUGACCCCUGGGGCCCGCCCUGGCGCGGGCCGCCCCCUCCCUCCAGGAACUGCGCCCACCCGCGGGGCACACGGGUCUUAAAAACCCUUGCGUGCCUCAGCUCUGGAGCGGAGAUGACCCUGUUUGGGGGCGCACCAGCAACAUCUCCGCCGCCACCUCCUUGGAAUAGGUUCCAGAAGGUCCCUGUUGGCUAGCUGUGCCUACUCUGCACCGUCUCCGUCUCCAGGUGGCCAGGACAACUGAUAGCUGUGCUGCCCCUACCUGGGGCAUCUUAACCUCUCCCUGCAGCCCAGUGGGUGACCAGGUCGUUCCUGUGGUUCCCUGGUGGGGUCCGUGCUUCCUCUCUCUUAGGUAUGGGGUGCAAGGAGACCCAAACACCCCUCGCCUCUCCAGUCCAGCAGUGGAUGCUCUGCUUCUCUUUGUGCAACUAAAGCUCUUAACCAGCUGGACCCCGGCACUGGUUUACUAUUCGCAACCGGUCAAAGAAAACCUUUGGGUCCUUCUCGCUGCUGUUAAGGCAGGCUCCGCCUUAUUCCCCUUGUAAAACGGUCCCUUGGAACCCAAGAACUGGCCUUUACUGUCAUUCUCAUUCACCAUCAUCUCAAUGGCCUUCUAACCUGCAAAGAGCUUCUUGAAUUCUGCUUCUGUCAUCCAGCAGGGUGGCAUUUCUUCCUGCCUGUCUCAUCCACACAGGUGACUGCAGCCUUCUGUCUUUACCCAAGUAGCUGAUAGGUGUGUGGAAGGCAUAGAACUCUGAGGCAUCCCGGGAGAGACCUUCCUGCAACCUGAGAUGUGAAUCCAUGCCUUUUGAUUAAAGUGAUGAUAUGAGGGUGCAGAAUGGGGACAGCUCUGAGAGUCACAUGUAUGCCCCCUGCCCAUUCCCAGCCAUAGUAUGUGGGUCCCUGGUGGGGGAAGCAGAUACCUGACCGAAAUGGGCCAACUGUCCCCUCUCCUAGGCUUUGGUACACAGGUGCAGGGGGAUCCAGCCUUCAGGCGGGAGUUUCCUGGUCUCUUUGAUUCCUAGGGCUGCCAUAACAAAUUGCCACAAACUUGGUGGCUUGAAACAACAGAAAUUUACUCUCCCACAAUCCUGGAGGCUAGAAGUGUGAAAUCAGGUGUAGCAAGGCCACAGUCCCUCCAGACUCUAGGGAGGAAUUCUCUGCUUCUUCCAGCCUCACUGGCUCCAGGCACUCCUGGGCUUGGAGGUGUAUCACUCACUGCAUCAUCUGCUGUCUUCACAUGUUCUUCUCCCUUGUGUCUCUACAGGGCCUUUUUUCUCUGUGUCUCUGUGUCCGCUCCUCUUCUUAUAAGGACACUGGUCACUGAAUUUAGGGCCCAGUCUAAUGCAGUAUGACCUCAUCUUAACUAAUUACAUCUGCAAAGACCCUGUCUCCAAGCAAGGCCACAUUCUAAGGUUCAAGGUAGACAAGAAUUUGGGGGAAUACUAUUCAGUGCACUCCAGGGCCCCUGAGGGGUGGUGAAGGGACAGCCCGUGGCAUGCUGUGGCCAUAGCUGUGUGGGACUUACAGGGAAGCUAAGGAAGAGAGUUUGCCAGAAGAGAGUUUGAUGGGGCCCCUGGGUAGCUCUGUUGGUUGGGCGUCCAACUUUGGCUCAGGUCAUGAUCGCAGGGUUCGUGAGUUCAAGCCUUGUAUUGGGCUCUGUGCGGACAGCUCAGAGCCUGGAGCCUGCUUCCGAUUCUGUGUCUUCCUCGCUCUCUGCCCCUCCCCUGCUCACACUGUUUCUCUCCCUCUCUCAAAAAUAAAUGAAUAUUUUAAAAAUUAAAAAAAAAA